CGGAAGCGCUCGCCUACCUCCGUUUUUGAUUCAACUGGCCACAGCAGAGUCCAGCCGCCGCCUCUUACUCCUGAACCAUCACUACAAUCCCCAGUACCAGCGCUUGCAUAGACAACUUUAUACAAACAAUAAUUCUUUGCGUUGUCAACGAACGUGAUCAUGUUCUCAAGCCCGACAUCGAGCCGUACGCUCGCAACUACCACGCUGAAGGGCGCUGGCCUCAUCGACAGCGACACGCGCAUGCGAGAUGCCACAGUGGACAAACCUGGUGGUCGCAAGGGCGCCUCGAAGAUCCGCACGCACCGCACACGUCCGAUUGAUGCCUACAAGGAGCCUCACGGCCCUGGUCGAGCUAGCAUGCUCGCCGCACGGACACAACCAGGCGGCGCGUCGGAUGUUCUCACGAUCCGCGGCGCUUCGACGGUGGGGCGGCUUCGCAGGAACGCCGUUACGGCGGCAGUUGCAGGUGUAGCGCCUAGCAAGGCGCACACACCAGUGAAAGCAGUAGAAGUGUGGAAAGAUUUUGUGAACAGACGGUGGAAUCCCGAAUUGAGGUUCUUGAACCUAGAGAAUAUGAUGGACGAUCCAGAGAUUCAGAAACACAACUUGUUGCCACCAGGCGUCCCUGCUUCCUCAGUAAGAGAGGCCUCGGUUUUGUUCAAGUUAGCCUCGCACCUGAGACCAGCUGUCCAAACGCUGUCUCUCGCAAAUAACAACAUCAGCUCCGGUCAGCUCCUUUCAACGCUAGCGCACUAUCUUCCUAAGCUCGCCAAUCUAUCACUGCAAAACAAUAACCUCAAGGUUUGGCGAGAUAUUGAUUUUAUCUCCGGGCGGAAAGGGAAGCUCGAGCAUUUGCGAGAACUCAUACUCCUCGGAAAUCCAUUAAGAGAACUGGAGAUUCAGAAUGGAAGGGGAGAUAAGUACAAGAGUGACAUGGCACGACGUUUCACGUCAUUGAUAAUGCUGGAUCAGGAGGCCAUUGCUACUAUAGCAUUCGACGCUCCCGGACCUUCGUCUACUGUCGUAACGGAAAAACGGGCAACUGCAACCACAUUUCCAUAUGAAAUGCGGCCAUCAUUUAUCACGGGUGUUGAAGACUCGAUUGUCAGCAAUUUCCUCGUUCGGUUCUUCCCGUUGUUUGAUGAUCAACGAGCUACCCUUCUCGAUGCAUACCACCCUUCAGCAACUUUCUCGUUCUCAUGUAAUACAGCUAUUCCAUCUCGCGCACGUAUACAGGGCCUUCACGUAUCUAAAGAGAUGCCCAAUCAGCGCAAGCUUGAUUGGGGUCCCUGGCUCAACAAUGGCUCCCGAAAUCUUAAUCGCAUGGGAGGUGGCGGUGACAAAGUCAUUAACAGCCUCCACCUAGGUAGCGAAGAGGCUAUUCGAGCCAUGUCGACACUACCAAAAACAAAACAUGACGUAUCUGGUUCACCUGAGAAGUUCUGCAUCGAUGCAUGGCCUGUGGGUCAGGGCGAGAACUUAAAACUGUUCAUUUCCCUACAUGGGCAAUUCAUAGAAGAACCUUCGCAGGGUAUUCGGUCAUUCGACAGGGCGUUUGUCCUAGCUCCCGCACCCCCAAGUUCUCGGGCUAAAUUAAAUGGCUGGGACGUUAUGGUUCUGUCAGACCAGUGGUCUGUACGAGCAUACUCGACCCACGAUGCAUGGCAUCCAGGACCGAUGCGUGUGCAAGCUGGGGAUGUUAUUCCGAUGCAACAGAAACCAACGGGGUCCAUCGCAUCAUCAUCUUCAUUGAUCCCAGCCGGCGCGCGUGUGCAGCUAGAACACACCAUAUCAACAUUUUCUGAACCACAGCGUAAUCUGAUCAUGCAGAUCUGCGAGCGGACGGGUCUUAAUGCCAAGUACGCCGUAGAUUGCCUCGAGAAUAACGCGUGGGUUUUCGACCGUGCCAUCGCAAACUUUGAGCAAGUCAAGGGGUCGUUGCCACGGGAUGCAUUUCUGUAAUGCAUGAAUUUUAAUACGGCGAACUCCCUUCUUACAAUCGGUUCACACUUAUUAUUAGAAGGUUCGAUUCGAUUACGAGGAAUUCGCGGAUGUCGGUCAUGGACUUUAGGUCAGGGAUAUUGAUCGCUACCCCAUGACUACUCUAUAUACAUUUGGCAAGCUGAAAGUACUUCAUGCAUCAUCGUAUCAGUUUCAAUGUAACGUUUUCAUUAUCAUAUUACUAUCAUAUCACGAAGUAUUUCGGUUUGUUGCACGCAAUGAACUCAUAAUGUGUUUGCUUC